UGUUGUUGUACAGUAGUAAAACUAAUUUACAUUACAAAAACAAUAAAAAGAAAAACAUGAAAAUUCCCUUAACACAACAAAAACAACUUUAAUUAAAUAAACUAAAAAUAAAAACAAGUAAAGUUAUACAAAUGGUUUCGGCUACACGUAAACGCAUUCUCCUUCUAUUGAUUGUCAUUGUACUGACAUUUCUGCUAAUACGCUUCCUGUUGUACAAUGGAACAUUAUUGGCCGUAAGUAUGCAGUAUCCACAGGCACAGGUGGUACAAAAUAAACAACACAAAACUAGCCACGAAACACAAAGCUAUAGGAGGGCGCCAGGGGCUCCGGUAAUCGUUGCGGUUUUCUAUGAAGCCUUGUGUCCGGAUAGUAAACACUUUAUAAUGAAACAAUUAUUGCCAGCAUAUAAAGAGGCGGCUCCGCUAAUGGAUGUGCAGCUAAUACCCUACGGCAAGGCUACAACUUACACCAAUCCCGAUGGCAGUUACCGUUUUGAUUGUCAACAUGGACACUUGGAGUGUGAGGCAAAUACCUAUCAUGCUUGUGUCACUGAGGUUGUACAAGAUGCGCUGGCGCGUCUUGAAGUUGUGGCCUGCAUGAUACGUGAUAAUCAUUUGCCCAAAGAAGCUUUUCAUAAGUGUGCCAAACAGCAUAAUAUCGAAAAUAUUGAUCUCAUACAAAAGUGUUAUGAUAGUUCCAAUGGCAGUGAACUGCUGAAAUUGAAUGGCGACGUUACUCAUGCCUUAAGACCCAGCAUUACAUUUAUACCCACUAUAACCUUGGACGGUUCCCAAGGACGCCAGGCAACUAUUUUGAAAAAUCUCUUAGCCGAGAUCUGCAAAAUAGCUGGGGACAAUGAAAAGGCCGAAGAAAUUUGUAGUAAACAUAUCUGAAUGUGAAUUUCCAAAAACAAAUUCCAUUUCUUUUUAUACAUUUUAAUUUGGAUGCGUUUUACUUUUCAACAUUGUUAAGUUUUUUUUUUCUAAUAUAAAAAGCAUUUAUUUUUUGUAGUGCAUAAAUUUUAUCAACGCAACAAAAUUAAACCUAUGACACCCUGCCACAUCUUGGAAACGUGAAAAACUGAAACAAAUCCAAAGAUAUUAAAUUUUUUUCUAAUUUUAAUCUAAAGAACAAAACAAAAAAUAUUUCUGGUCAUCUUUAAUGCUAAACUUUAUUUUAAUAGUCUUCGCAAAUGAAUAACAAAUAACUAAUUAAAAUAGUCAUGCUACAUACUAAUAGAUUGUGAAGAAAGUUAUUUUUUAAUAUAAAAUAAGUUAAAAUUAUUUUUCAAUAUUAUAUUUUAAUAAAAUGACAAACAAUUAUUUGCAAAAA